CGAAACUCCACAGACAUUUCUUUUGAAUGUUCAAACAUCAUUUUUAUAUUCCUUAAGAUGUCUUCCUCUGUAAAAUCCAAAGACUUGUUGUUGACAUGUCAUCUGCUGCGCCUGAAGACCUGGAAGCGCAGAAAAUCACCGAACCCCAGGUCCCCGAGGAGAAGGUGGUUCGGCAAGAGAGGACGGUAGAUGACGGGCUUGUUGUGACAUGGGAAGGCGACGAUGACAAAGAAAAUCCCCAAAACUGGUCGACGGCCUUUAAAUCCUGGGUAACGGCUCAAUUGAGCAUGUUGGCGUUCACUGCGAGUCUCGCAUCCAGCAUCAUAGCACCUGCGAACCAGACCAUCGCCGAAUAUAUUGGAGUGAGCGAGGACGUGGUGGUCUUGAAUGUGUCUUUAUACGUCAUUGGCUUUGCUUUGGGACCGUUGGUGUGGGCACCGUCCUCAGAGAUAUGGGGACGAAGAUUGUCGAUCUUGCCGCCGAUGUUUUGUCUCGCACUGUUUUCCAUUGGGACGGCGACAAGUAAGAAUGCAGCAUCGAUCUUCAUCACUCGCUUCUUUGGCGGUGUGUUUGGUUCGUCAGCUGUCAGCAAUGUCAAUGCCGCCUUGGGGGAUAUCUGGUCGCGUGAGGCCCGAGGCACCGCCGUCUCAUUGUACGCCGUCUGUGUUGUUGGGGGACCGACCUUGGGCCCAACGAUCGGAGCCGCGAUCCUGACCAAUUCUCGCCUGGGCUGGCGGUGGACGGAAUACAUCACGGCCAUCCUCAACUUCGCCGUCGUCGCGCUGACGUCUUUCUGCAUGCCGGAAAUGUACCCCCCGGUAGUACUGAAGCGUAAAGCACAAAGACUUCGGAAGGAAACCGGCAACGACAAGCUCUACCAUCCCCACGAACGCCUGAAACUCGACUUUAAAUCGAUCGUGACCAAGCAGCUUUCGCGACCACUGAAGAUGCUCUGCUUCGAGCCCAUGGUGACCUGCAUCGCAUUCUACGCCAGUUUCGUCUACGCCAUCCUUUAUCUCACCUUGGAGGUCUUCCCGAUCGUCUUCACCGAUCAACGAAAGUACUCGCCCGUCGUGGCAUCUUUACCCUUCCUCGGCCUGUUCGUCGGCGUCCUUUGUGCCUUGUGCAUCAACCUCGGGAACCAGCCCCGCUAUAUUCGUCAAUGUCGAGCGGCCAACGGUAAGCCGGUCCCUGAGGCACGGCUGCCCCCGUUGGCCAUUGGAGCCGUGUUGAUGGUGAUCGGACUUUUCUGGUUCGGGUGGAAUGCUGCGCCGAGAUAUUCAUGGGUCUUACCCUGCGUCGCCACCGUGCUGAUCGGGGCUGGUUUCAACACGAUUUUUCAACAAUGUAUUAACUAUCUGGUCGACGUUUAUGGUCUUUACGCCGCCAGCGCGACCGCAGCCAACACCUUCCUCCGCAGUCUGAUGGCCUUCGCCCUGCCACUGGUCGCCCGGCCCAUGUUCAACGGUAUCGGUGUCGGACCUGGAAUGUCGAUCUUGGGGGCGGUGGCGGCACUGAUGCUCCCGGUCCCCUUUUUGUUGAUGAAGUUUAGUUUGCGUCUGAGGAAGAAAUCAAAGUUCGCCCCUGUGCCGGAAGAUUAAAAAUAAUCACCAGGUACUCCGUACCUAGGUAUAGAUUGUCAAAAAAGGAUAGAAAAAGAAACCAUCAUCGUCCAUUCAAGAUAUGAUACAAUGUGUUUAUGGGUGUCAGAG